AUGUACACCACCACUGCCUUGUUAUGUGCAGAGGGAACACUUCACAAAUCUAAGGCUCCAUUCAUUAUUCCAACAGCCAUGGAUUUGUAUACUUUGUACAAUAAUUUACCAGCAGAUGGCAGCCAAGCGUCUUGGAGAAGGGCAGCUACUUCUUAUCCAGCCUUACAGACUAUCCUGAUCCUGGGUUGCCAGGCAGUUUCAAGUUUGGGGGCCAUUGUAGCUUCUGCUCCUCACUCUUCCCACUUCAACCCAGUGGUUUCCACCAUUAUGAUGUUUGGGUAUCCAUUUGUAGCAUCUCUGUGUGCUGUAAGCAGUCUGGCCUCAAAUGCAGUAAGAACUGUUUCCAGAGCAGGCCUCUCCCUACUCAGGACAGCCUGA